GUGAUGAGCGCGAGUAGCGGCAGCAGUGACACUUCGAGCACCGGGGAGGAGGAGAGGAUGAAACGCCUUUUUCAGACUUGUGAUGGAGAUGGCGAUGGCUACAUCAGCAGGAAUGAUUUGCUUAUGGUGUGUCGACAACUGAACAUGGAGGAAUCAGUCGCUGAGAUUAUGCAUCAGUUGGGAGCAGAUGAGAAUGGGAAGAUUUCCUUUGAGGAUUUUGCACGUUGUCGUAUGCAGUUGGUGUCUGAAAUAAGAAAAGAAGAAGGAGAACUUUCAGUUAAGUCGGAUGAAUGUUGCAAAAAAAGAAAAUUACGAGAUCGAAUAGCUUCAUGGCCAACCAGCAGUGACAACAGUCUUGGUGCAAUGUCGGGAGCCAGAGAGAGCUGGGAGUAUGAUUCUGGAGCCCGGGAUCUUCAGAGCCCAGAGCUACAUACUCAUCCAACCAUUCAGAAACUAUUAGAAUAUGGAGGUGUUAACCUGGAUCAGCAAAUCGUUCUGCAGAAACUCUUAUCACAGGCUUCAAGCUUGAGCCAUCCAAUGAGUGGAGGUUACUUGGAGCUAGCCAACACAUUACACUUGGCAGCUCUGGCAUCAUUAAAGACAGACAUAGUUGAUCUCAAUAAAAGACUCCAGCAUACAGAACGGGAGAGGGACUUAUUAGAAAAGAAGCUGGCUAAAUCCCAGUGUGAACAAUCUCAUCUGAUGAGAGAACAUGAAGAUUCUCAGGAACGGACAACGCUACGCUAUGAAGAACGCAUUACUGAACUUCAUAGUAUAAUUGCAGAGCUAAAUAAGAAGAUUGACAGGCUGCAGGGAACAACAAUAAGAGAAGAAGAUGAAUGUUCAGAUUUGCGAUCAGACCUUAGCCACAGCCAACUCGAAGCAAACGAAGAUUCCAGAAGUGUGGAUCAGGAUCAGACCUCUGUCUCUGGGCCUGAGAACCAGUCAAUGAUGGUCUCUGCAGAUAUAGAUACCUGUAGUGACCUCAAUUCAGAGCUCCAGAGGGUGUUGACUGGGCUGGAAAAUGUAGUUUGUGGAAGGAAGAAGAGCAGCUGCAGUCUCUCAGUAGCAGAAGUAGACAGACAUAUCGAGCAACUCACUACUGCCAGUGAGCAUUGUGACCUAGCUAUAAAGACCGUAGAAGAGAUUGAGGGAGUACUGGGACGUGAUUUCUACCCAACUCUUGCUGAAGAGAGAUCUCGAUGGGAAAAGGAGUUAGCAACUCUUCGGGAAGAAAAUGAAAGCCUCACUGCUAUGCUGUGUGGCAAAGAGGAAGAUCUGAAUAGAACAAAGGCCACCAUGAAUGCUAUUCGUGAGGAAAGAGAUCGGUUGCGUCGGAGGGUUCGAGAGCUGCAGACACGUUUACAAAGCUUGCAAGCAUCUGGCCCAGCCAGUCCAAGUCGGCUGGCUGCAACCAAUCGACCAGUCAACCCCAGUACUGGUGAACUCAGCACCAGUAGUAGCAGUAAUGAUAUCCCUAUAGCGAAGGUUGCUGAACGAGUAAAGUUGUCUAAGACUAGGUCUGAAUCUUCAUCUUCAGAUCGACCAGUUCUGGGAUCAGAGAUCAGUAGUAUUGGAGUGUCCAGUAGUGUGGCAGAGCAUCUGGCCCAUUCUUUGCAAGACUGCUCCAAUAUUCAAGAAAUAUUUCAAACUCUGUAUUCUCAUGGAUCAGCUAUUUCUGAAAGCAAAAUCCGUGAAUUUGAAGUGGAAACGGAAAGGCUAAACAGUCGUAUUGAACAUUUAAAAUCACAAAAUGAUCUCUUAACCAUUACCUUGGAAGAAUGCAAGAGCAAUGCUGAACGAAUGAGUAUGCUGGUUGGUAAAUAUGAAUCCAAUAGUACAGCAUUAAGACUUGCACUACAGUACAGUGAACAGUGCAUAGAAGCCUAUGAGUUACUAUUGGCCCUAGCGGAGAGUGAACAAGGACUCAUUCUGGGCCAGUUCAAAGCUGCAGGCGUUGGAUCUGUUGGUAAAAAUCAUCUUAUCACAGGUGAUCAAAAAGGUGAAGAAAACAAAACAAUGAUGUUAAAGAGAGCACAUGACUGCAGGAAGACAGCAGAAAAUGCUGCAAAAGCACUACUGAUGAAACUUGAUGGUAGCUGCGGUGGAGCAUGCACUGUAACAGGAUGUAAUAUACAGCCUUGGGAAAGUCUGUCUUCUCAUAGUCACACCAGUACUACAAGUUCAACUGCUAGUAGCUGUGAUACAGAAUUUACAAAAGAAGAUGAACAGAGAUUGAAGGAUUAUGUUCAGCAGCUAAAGAAUGACAAAGCAGCAGUCAAGCUAACCAUGUUAGAGCUAGAAAGUGUUCAUAUUGACCCACUUAGUUAUGAUGUUAAAACACGGGGAGACGGCCAACGACUUGAUUUGGAGAAUGCAGUUCUAAUGCAAGAACUCAUGGCCAUGAAGGAGGAAAUGGCAGAACUUAAAGCCCAGCUUUACUUGAUGGAGAAGGAGAAGAAAGCACUUGAAUUGAAGCUUAGCACACGAGAAGCUCAGGAACAAGCUUACUUGGUUCAUAUUGAGCACCUGAAAUCAGAGGUGGAAGAGCAAAAGGAGCAACGUAUGCGAUCUCUCAGCUCAACCAGCAGUGGAGGAAAAGAUAAACAAGAUUGUAGUGAUGAAGUAACACAUACUGUAUCACUAGCUGAACUCAGAACAUACAAUGACAGUGAACUUGCAGUUGAACUAACAAAUGGAUUGAGGCGAGAGAAAAAACUGAAAUCUCGUGUGCAGGAGCUGGUAACUGCUUUAGAAAGAAUGACAAAAAGCAGUGAAGUGCGACAUCAGCAGUCUGCAGAGUUUGUUAAUGACCUCAAACGAGCGAACAGUAACUUAGUAGCAGCAUAUGAGAAAGCAAAGAAGAAACAUCAAAACAAACUGAAGAAACUGGAAGCGCAAAUGAUGGCCAUGGUGGAGAGACAUGAGACACAAGUGAGAAUGCUAAAGCAAAGAAUUGCGCUGCUUGAGGAAGAAAACUCUAGACCUCAAACAAAUGAGACAUCACUUUAAAAAAAAAAUGUACAAAUGGUGUCAAUGUUGUAAAUUAUCUACUACAUUUAUUCAGAAGACAUCAAUACGAAGAUAGGAGAAGUAAUAUUGGCACCUUUAUCACAUCGAUGUGAAUUUACCCAACUGUCACAUUUGAAGCACCAGCACAAUAUUAUGGAGAAACAGGAUUUUCCAUAACAUGUCACACAUGGCAUCUGACACCAAUAAAUCACUUCUUAGAUGUGCCUGCAAAACACUUUUGCAUUUUAACAGAAACACGCAUAUUUUAAUGUCUGAAUAUGGCAAAUGGGCAUCCAUAAUUUUCUUAGAAAACAGCUGGUUUUAUCACCAUUUUGUACCAAAUAGGCAAAUAACUGUAUUGUGAGAAUUUGAGCAUGUAAUGGAUGCUGCUGCUGCUUUAUUUUCAGUUGUCAAUGUUACAUUCAAAUUUAUGAAAAUUACAUACUGUUUCCAGAAAAAGCCAUCCUCAUUAUACAAUAAGAAGAUUUGCAUUUUAACUGCAAAAUUGACAUCGUUUGAAAUAAUUCUUGUGAAAACUGUUAGUAACUGUUUCAUUUGAUAUUGAUACAAAACAGCGAGUAUGGUAAGUUAGCUGAAAAAAUUGCUCUAAUCCUUACAAGACAAAUUUAUUUAAUUCUUUGAAGGUUUGUAUGGAUUUUAAUGUGCUGCACUUCAGUGCAAUAUAUAAUUAGGCAAAUUCCAAUGGUUACAUACAGAAUGGAUCACCUUAUAGUUAAAAAUGGACUAUGGCAAUAUCAUCCUUAAUCUUUUACUUUAGAGACACCAAUUGAAUUUGUUGUUCAUAACUUUAUUCAAAUGGUCCUUUUACUACAAUUAAUUUUGCCUUGGACACAGAUGACUUGAGGCUUGGAUAUUCACAUUUUGAGUCAAAAUAACCCAAGACUUUGACAGAAAUAGAUCAGAACUGGCCAAAUUGGUUUGAUCAAUACACAUGCAAAAUUAGUGUAAAUCAUCUUUUAAUUUGAUAACGCCACAUAAGGCGAGUAUAUUUAACCAUACAGAUGAGGGGAAAAAGAACAGUGGGCUCUUUUCCUUUAGGGGACCAGUUAUGUAACUACAAAGCCCCUCUUUCCAGGUUUAUAUCAUGUAAUUUCUAGGCAACUUAAGGUAGUUUUUUUUCCCCCUCUUUCUCAUUGGAUUAGUUGUGAGAAGUUUCUUAAACAUUGUUCAAUUACCUUUGAUAGCAUGUUUAAGAAAUCUUUCUUGCUGAAUAAGAAGAUAUGAUUGAUGCCUCGAUUGGUUCAUCUCCAAAGAGGCUUGGAAUUCUAUAAGAAUUUCAAACUGGCAGAUAUUAAUUAAGCAGAAAAGAAGUAAUUUAAUUAAACAAUCCAAUAGACCUCUAGAUUUCCUGAUUAUUGCAUUGGAUGAGAAGGUUCAUGUUCCUGUUAAUGAAUAUUCAACACCAUGGCCUAAACAGGCAGCAUUUGAAUUACUUUUGAAGAAAAUUUGCUGAUCUUUUAGACGUACAUUCCAAAAUAUUAAACCUGUUCCAAUACAUACCAAUUUUACUAAUGUAAAGACCAGUUCACUCCUAGGUAAAGUUCCUUCACUUAAUGAUAGACUUGCAUUUAUUUUAUAACUGUUGACAUCCCAAAGUAUGUUUUAGACAAUGUAGUACUUUUGUAGUCUCUGAUGUGAUCCAGAAAAGGCAUAACCCUAGUCUGAAGAUCAUGUCUUUUGAUAUCAAAUCAAGAUGAAAAAGGUCUUACAUAAAUCUGAAAGUAACUUUGAUAUUUGAACUGCUUUACUUUGGGACAACUAUUUUUAGCUUCAGUCCUCAAAUCAUAUUCAGUCAAAUAUUACAUCAUUUUUGAUACCAGUUGGGACAAGUUAGGAGAUGAACGAUCACAGUAUAGUGUGGAAUUCUGCUUAAAAAUAUAUAUGUAUUACAAUUUUGUGCAUGCAUCUCUCUUCAUCCCAAUGCAGACUAGUGCGCUUACCUUAUUAUGAGAUGCAGAUGAGAAAAGGUUAUCUUCAAUAAUAAGAUAUAAAAAUACAGCUUUAACUCGCAUUUAAGCAAUAACUUUUUCUAAAGUUAAGGUAUGCUUCACAUGCCAUAUUCUCUCUUUGCAAAUAUAUAAUUCCUUUUGAAUGAGUUAUUUGUCUUGUCUUAAAACUAAACAUGUAUCUGCUCAUAAAUUUAAAGUAAACAUUGCAAGGGAAGUGGGACUUACUAGUCUCAUGAGAAAAUUUAUAGCAGAUACCUUGUAUGAAUUAAGGAUGUUUUAAAUGGUCCAGGUUGUAAACAUGGGGCUAACAGUUAUUUGUUUUAGUUGUUUUCCUUAUUGACCAACCUAAAUAAUCAGUGUUAUAUGGAAUACACUAUUUGAAAAAUCACCUAAAGGUGAGUGCAUGUAAACAAAUUUUCUGUUUUCACUUCAAUGUAAUAAUUGUCCAAAAUGUUUUAAUAUGUUUGAAAAUUGUUUUUUCAGAAAAUAUUUUAAUUAUUUGUAAAUUACUGCAAAAGAAAUUUGUUUUAUUUAUACUAAAAAUAGAAUGUGAGUUAACAUCACAGGAGGUUAUUUAUUCCCCAAGUAAAAUUCAUAUUUCACACUUAACUUUGUUCCAGUUCCACAUAGAAGGCAAUUACUGCUCUCCAAUAAUAUCAGACGCCAAGAAAUGAGGUAAAGCAAAGUGAAUUCCAUCUUUGAUUUUUAUCAGUUGAAUGUCUUUUAUUGUGUUUCGUUGGAGUGACAUUUCAAACCAUCUGUUCCCAGUCAGCUACUCAUCAGGUUAUAAAAUAUGGAACAAGAUAGGAGGGGGAUUGAGAUGCGCUAGUAAAUUAAUACAUUUCUUCCCUGGUUUUAUUUAUUAUGCAUUUAGUAUUAUCAGUUGAGUAGGUUACCAUUUUGUACGUUAUGUACCCCUUCAAAUUGUACAUCAUGUUGUACAAAUUGAAGGGGUACUUUGUUCAAAGCUGGACACAGGGCAGAAUAAAAGGAAUGCCACAAAUCAGGAUGUCAAAUAUGUAUAACAACUUGAAUGACUUAUUAAUUUAAAUAUGUUUUGUAACAAAAUUAUCUUCAUUGCAUUUACGUGUAAAAUGUCCAAAUGCUGGCAUCUACAACAUAUUAGUUCCAAUUCCGUUAGAAUUAAUUUCUGAGAACUUGAGCACCUCUAGUCUUUGAAGGUAUGAUGGUUUAUAACUCCUAUUGUAUGUUUAUAUUUUUUAGUUUUCCUAGUUGCUGUAAAAUGUAAAACAAUUUGUUUUGUAUAGAAUUGUACAAACUCUGCAUUUAUUUAUAUGAAGAGACAUUUAUAAUACUUGUUAUUUUGCA